AUGGCCGCUUUGACUGACGGUGACUGGACUGAGCUUGCCGCCGAGCGCCCGUCUGGAGGACGCAUCUUCUCGCGGUUGCUUGGUCCCACGGAAGAAGGAUUCUACUGGGAUGGCGAAUUCAACGGCACGGCAGACGUAACGGACCACCACUCCAUCUCGUUCACAUCUCAGACUCUUCGUAUCGACGAUGCCGCCGCAGACGAAGCGCGCUUUAGGGCGGUCUGGAUCACUCUCAAGCAGCACCUUCCGCUGCUUGCCACGCGCAUCGAAGAGAGCGAAGGUGGUAACAAAUUGGCAUUCGUCGUGGCCGAGCAGCGCACGCGCACGAUCAUGCCUGGCGAGUUCGAGUACAUUGCGGAGGGAGACGAACACAAGACCCAAACUGCCGUCGAGCGCGGCCGGAACGGCAUUCCGCGCCGCCUGUCGCGCGAUCUUUGCGCUGCAAUCACCGUCCUACGACGUUCAGAGACGGAGUACGACCUCGUGAUGACGACGGCGCAUCUCAUCUUCGACGGCAUGUCGUCGUUCUUCGUCGCGCGAACGCUCUGCGACCUGCUCUCGCGCUGGCCGCAAUCACUCGAGAUCCCCGCGCCGGACUUACGUCUUCGACUCGCCAUGGCACCAUCGUGCGAUUCGUUGCAUCCGCGGAACGACAUGUCGCCUGCACGGUUACGCUGGAGACGUGCUAUCGCUACAAUCAUCAACAGCAAUCGCGUCGCGCGUUUGAAUGGCGGACACACAAUUCCGAACAAGCGGUCCACACGGACGCCAUUUACGCCUGCGAUCUCUCGCGACGCGCGCGCUCCUCCACUCGACGCCACAUAUACGCGCAAAGCCCUAGCCACCUGCCGCGCGCAGGGCGUCACAUUGGGACACGCAUUGGCGGUCUCCGCCCAACUUGCCCUCUCGCGCGUUGUGCGUAGACGCUUUGAAGCCGGUCUUGUCUCACAGGAAGAAUGGGAUGCGCGCCGUAGGACUCCAACCAGCACUGGCGGGCCGUUGAACCUCCGUCCGCACCUCGCUCCACGAUGGCUCGCAGCGGGCGGGCACACCGAGCUCGUACUCGCCAUCGGAUUCUUCUUCGCAAAACUCCCUUACAUGCCCGACGCCGACGCCCUCACACCCGGCCGGUUCUGGUAUCGUGCGCGCAUGGUCAAAAAGCAGGCCGAGUCGUAUCAUCGGCAUCCGCUAUUCUUGGAGAUGAGUAGCGCGGCGCAACCAGCUAGGAUCGAGAGAUGUCGAAAUGCUGCGAAAGCGUUGAGGGAGGGGAAGGUGAGCGAGAACGCGGUGGUACCGGAUCCCGCGCCAAAAGAUGGAGACUUCCCUGUGUUCUUACACAGUGGCUCGAGCAUCGGGAAUGUCGACCCUUUGUGCCCGUUCUCGUUCCCGGUGCCACAACAGGAGGGCCAGCCAGCAGUCGAGACACUGCAUCGCGUACGGUCGAAGAUGUACCUCCGUUGCCGACCGGCCGAGUUGUAUCUCGGUGCGGCGAGCGUGAAGGGCGAGUUGCAUGUAUACAUCUUCUAUGAUGAGAACGUGUAUGAUGCGAAGGAUGUUGAGGAGUGGUUGGACGAGGUCAGGAAGGCACUGGUUAGCUAUCUCUGCGUAGAGCCUAGAGAAAGUGCAGUGAAGGCGCGGUUGUGA